GUCUGCUCUGGCGAGCUAUUCCUAACCCAGGAUGCGCUGAGUCCUGUAGAGUGAGGUAAUGUAGAAUGAAAAUUGGACUCAGUAUACUGGACCCCGCGGCCUCGAUUCUUCAAGUCUCCAGCAAGAGUGUAUCACAAGCCAUCACAACCUCUAAUUCUCUGCAUGCCUGAUCUUGAAACUUUCUGGUGAUUACAGUUUACACUGCCCUGGGCCUUGAGCUUCGCUGUUCAACACAACGGGCACAUCUCCAACUGGAGAUGGUGUCGCUGAGCAACUAGAUUCCUGCGCCCGCCCGAAUCAAGACUACUGCAGCCUCCACCCUCUUCACCCUCUGCAUAACAUUGAGCGAAUCUUUCUCAAUCUUUUCUUUGAUCUGUGUUCCUUAUCCUUUGACUUUUAUGACCAUUGGAAUCUUUCAGAACGUGAGAUUGUAGUGACAUCCGUUCGGGCGUCAGAAGAAUGGAAGGCCUUUUUUUAAACCAAGACAAUCAUCCGUACUCAGAAGACAAGGACGGCGCCAAUAGCCUCUAUACCGACGACGAAGAGCGAUCACUUACUGUGUCGGGAACAUCUCGUCCAUGCCACAACGGAUAUGUUGCUCCACAGCAAGUCCAGCUUGUGCCACAAGACAAUGACGAGGAACAUGGCAACUUAGACCAAGUGAUAUAUGUUCAACAACACGUAUACGACUCCGGUGACCUUGACCUCGACUUAGAAUUUGUCGAAUUUUCUAUCCAUCACACAUAUACCCCUGGAGACCGAACUUAUUCUGGAGGACGAACCUUACAGGAUUUCGAACGUAUGUCAGUGCUGAAACAGACUGCUCAGACUUUUCCGCAAAAUGAUUCGUAUACAACAUUCUUCGACGAGCCUACCAUGUUCGAGACAACACUGCCCUUUGAUGAUACGAACAUUGCAUUUCGACUGGAACCAGAUGACUCAACAAAUUGUGUGGAACCUCUUGAUGCGUAUGAUCCUUUGGCUGGUCUAUCCACCGAUCUACAGCUUCUAUCGAAUUCGGCCGCAUCAGCUGCAAAGCCCCAACGCAGUUUAUUACCGAUGACGGGCAAAACACCUGUUAGCGACCAUCGCCCUCAGGAGCUUACGUGCGACCAGUGCGGUUCAACAAAGUGCAAGUCCUUGGAAAGUCUCAAACGGCACAAGGACCGCGAACAUGGCAGCAAGGUCAAAAUAUAUUCCUGUCCUUACGCGAACUGUCCUAAAAAGUACACGAGCAAAAAAAAUACGGACGUUGACCGACACGUUAAUUCCUUCCACCUUGACAACCGGUCAUUCGUCUGCACGCGUUGUGGGAAAUCGUUCUCGAGAAAAGACAACUACUACAGGCAUGGCCGCAGUAAGAGAUGUUCAAUGUCAGUAUAAUUGAUCAUUGCUUCGAUCGAAUCUCGCUCGAAAUUAGCUGAAUGUGGACAAAACUUGGGAAUUCGUGAGUGUGGAAAUGCCCAUCUCAUGAAGCCAGGACGGAAUUAUCAGUUGGACUUGAUGCAGUGCUGCUGUUCCUUCAAUAUGAUGAUACUCCCCUGCGGUAAGCAUCCCUUAGUUUUCUCGCUUCAAGGUGCUUUCGUCGAUGCGUUACAUUUUUGCGUCAGUGCGCCUUUUUUUGGGAUUUGCACUCUUUACACCAUCGCUCUUGCCAUGGCUGCAUGCAAUUUGAACGAGUUUAUACACUUUGCGAUCAAACUUGUUGAUUGCUUUUGCUCUCGCAAUACAUUACCGUCGCGUCAGACGAGGUUGUAAGCAGUCAAGAUAUUAUAGGCAAUGAAUUGCUAGCUUCAUCUAAUGAAUGAUCAACUUCAC